GAGCAAGGCACUUAACCCUAAUUGCUCCUGUAAGUCGCUCUGGAUAAGAGCGUCUGCUAAAUGACUAAAAUGUAACCACCUUAAUCGGAACGUGUCAGCACCCAUAGUGCAAGCUUCCCUCUUCAGCGCGAGUGAAGUGAGUUCGGAACAACUGAAUGUAUGCGUUUUAGAAAUAGUUAUCACAUACAAACUUUAUAUGUCCGAACUGAGAAUCAAACAUACUUCACAAAAAUAACAUGGUCACUGUGGUAGAACAUUUCUUUUGAUUGGCGAUUUUCUGCAUUUAUCAGAUUGACAUUACGUACCCUGAUUUCAGGUGUGUCAAUGUAAACAGGAUUAUUAGGGAAAUCGCUCUUCUUGCAAAGCAUGUCAACGUUUUAAUAGAACUAUUAUAUGAAUCCGAAUAGCUACAGUAAUCGCAUUAUUGUAUGCAUGUAACCUUACUCGUUGGCGCUGCCCACGUCACAGACGCUGCAAUGGCUCAGAUACAGAAACGGCAUAAUGUUUACACCCCUGCUGUAUCCUCUGCACGUCACGAUUAAACUUUGAUUUUAUUUUGAGUGCAGAUUGAAUUUGAUGAUGAUUGAUUACUAAUGCCUGGCAAGCAAAGUCUGUGCAGCAAGUUCUGUCUGAUGAUCACGUGACGAGUUGCUGGUUGCUUCAGACAGAAGUAGCUAGUCACGACAGUGAGCGCCAUUGUGAAUGCAGUAGGAGCUGCUACUAACAGCAGAGAUGCUGGUAUAUAGUGCUAAAAGCUAAAAGUCUGACAGGACAAGCUACGUGACUAUACACCGCCCCGGUGUGACAGUUAGCAGGCCAGGUGGAGGAGGAGGAGGUACGGUAGCUAUGUGGGUGUUCGGGUAUGGCUCUCUGAUAUGGAAGGUGGAUUUUCCCUAUGAGGAGAAGCGGGUCGGCUUCAUCACAGGCUUCAGCCGGCGCUUCUGGCAAGGCAGCACCGACCACAGGGGAGUGCCAGGCAAGCCUGGCCGAGUCGUGACUCUAGUGGAGGACCCAGAGGGUUGUGUCUGGGGCGUGGCCUAUAAGCUGCCGUCUGGCCGAGAGCAGGAAGUGAAGCGUUACCUUGACCACCGGGAGAAGGGCGGUUACCGCGUCAUCGCAGUGAACUUUCACCCCCGACCUUCCGUGACCCCCACAAGACACACUGACACUCCCCAUGCCCCCAGCCAGGCUCUGCUCUACAUCGGUUCUAAUGACAACCCUGACUACCUGGGACCCGCCCCCCUGGAGCUGAUAGCCAAUCAGAUUGUAGAUGCAGUCGGGCCGAGCGGACGGAACACUGAAUACCUGUUUUCAUUGGCCGAGGCGCUGAGGACCCUCCUCCCUGAAGACUCUGACACACACCUCUUCUCUCUGGAAGACCUGGUUAGAGAGAGACUAACACGUACUAAAUGUGUGUCAGGAAACCAUCGCAGGGAUGCUGAAGAUUGUCAGUCAUGUGAUUGUCUCCAGGACCAUUCAGAGCUGGGUCAGGGUUAGGGUCGGGACCGUUCAGAGCUGGGUUAGGACCGCUCAGCGCUGGGUCAAGGUUAGGUUUAGGACUGUUCAGAGCUGGGUCAGGGUUAGGACUGUUCAGAGCUGGGUCAGGGUUAGUCGAAUAUGUACCAAACCUGCCAGGUCAGUGAUAUUUUUGCUGCGUUCAAAACAACUGGGAACUCGGAAAUCUCCGACUUCUGUUCAAAACAACUGGGAAUUCUGAAAAAAACG